AUGGCUUACAAGCUUUUAAAACUUUCCUUUGUCGUCAAGGCCCUCAGCGUGGUGGCCCUCACCGUUCCGGUGACUGUCGCCCUCCCAGCUGGCCCUUCUGCCGGCGCCAAUGGAGCCGUGGCCGCUAUCGACGACAGCACUGCCAACAGGCCUCUUACCGCCCGUGGAAAUGAGGUCAGGGUCUCACCUUCCAAACUCCAAGCUUGA